UGGUCUAAGCCGUUGAUGCAGAUGCAUUAAAUUUUAGGUUAGGUUUAUGUUAUUUAGCGUUCUUUUCACCGCCUGUCUAAACAAUAGUAAUAAAUUUCUAUCUAUUCCUAUAAUAGUUAACUAAGUUAUAAGUGUUCAUCAAAAUGGCUGGUGGACCAUUCCUCUUUGCAUUCGCUUUAGUGGACACAGGAUCAAUUCUAUUUCUGCUUGUAUAUUAUGUCAUCACAUUAUCUGAUUUGGAAUGUGACUAUCUCAAUGCUCAAGAAUGCUGCUCAAAAUUGAAUUAUUGGGUUCUGCCGAAGUUAAUUGUUCAUGGUUUGCUUGUGGCUAUAUUCUUAUUAUCCGGUCACUGGUGGCUCGUGUGUCUCAACAUACCAAUAAUGGCUUGGAUGAUUUAUGAGUAAGUAUUGUACACAAGUUUUUCUAAAAUAUUUUGUUU